AUGGGUGCGUUGAUGCACCUUUUAGUGGGAGAAAGAAAAAAGAGUAAGAAAAAAUAUGGUGAUGUAGCGUCACAGUCUAUUAUGCCGGGUCGUUGA